AUGCAUUCUCAGAAAUUAAUUGGAUCAAGUGUACAAAUUUUAAAUGCAUAUGUCGAAAAUCUACAUGACCAAUUAUAUAGUCGAGCUUAUCGUGAUCCUACUAUUCAAAAUUAUACAUUACCGUAUGUAAUGGGUCAUUCAAAAUUAGCUUAUAGUAAUUGGCUCCUAGGAGCUUUAAUUCGUGCUGUUUGUUCCCAUGUCACGAGAACCGGAUCAUUUUAG